AUUUCAUCCCGUCCAAAAAACAAAAAAUUCCUCUUUUCUUGUCAACAGCCACUUCAGCGUUAUUAUCAUAAAUAGUAGUCAUCAUGGGUAACGGAGCCAAAGCCGCCUCUAAGCGUGAGCGCAAUGCCAAAGAUGCCAAGGGUACUGCGAAGUCGCAGCUCAAAGUGAACGAAGCUGCCAAGGAUAUCAUCUGCAGUACUUGCAGACAGACUUUCCUCAAGACUACUCGUGGUCCGGCCCUGACCGAGCAUGCUGCCAAUAAGCAUAGCAAGACGCUUCAGGAAUGUUUCCCCGGCUAUGUGGAGGCUCCUAAAAAAUAAACAGGAGAUUUUUUCACUGGGGUUGAUGAUGUUUCUAGUGCUUAUGUGGGGAUGAUGUGCUUUAUUUCGGUUGCGGUGUUUUGGCUUUCUUUUCGGUGUUUACAGCGGAGGCAAUGAUGUAGCAUGAGUUAUACCAUAUGGUAUUGAAUCGGAGCAUGACAGCGUGCGCUUUAUCUUGUUCAA